AGUUGAAAUUUGGCUAAUAACAUUAAGCCCAAAAUAUCUAAUGAUAUAAGAGAUAAGUCUGAAAACAAGUUUAAUAUCGAAACAAUACAAAAUUUGCCGUAAUGCAAAAUUAUUGGGAUAUUAUGAAACAGCGUUGGCAAUGAUGUAAAUUAAAAUGAAUCGCCGCCAUUUCUUCAGUUAUACCAAUAGAAGUUUACAAAAACAUUUGUUUAGGUUAAGUUUGUACAACACAACAAAAAUUAAAAAUAAAUAAAUGUGUAAGUUUAUUCUUGAUAUUUCCAAAUAACAUAUUCGGUUUUUAAUACUUUCAAUGUUAAUUGAAAUUUGUGGAUGGAAUGAAUAAUUGUUUUAAGGAAACAUGAAUAAUCAAGAGACGCAUACAUCUCCUUUGGACAACCUUUACGAUGAUUUCGAAGACUUCGAUUUAGGACAAACAGUAGAAAGGUUGAAAAAGGAAAUCAAAAUGUUGAGAGAUUGUAUAAAAGAGCAAAACAGAGAUAUCGCCAAACUUGCUGACACAAUCGUUGAACUAAAAACAACUAAUGAAACAUUAUCGAAUAAUAUCAGUUCUUUAUAUUCUACAGCAAAAUCUGAAAUAGAUAGAAAGGAUAGAUUGAUAGCUGAAUUAAGAAGGGAAAAAGAUAAUAUAACUUUCAGGAGACAAGAUCGUUUCCAUAGCAACAAUACGCCUACUACUGGAUAUAAUUUGGAGAUUAACAACAGUCAUACUUCCGAUCGUCAGAAUAACGUUUCUAAUCAUUUCAAAGAGCAAGCUAUGGAUAUUUCUACAAAUUACAACAUGAACAAAGACUUAUGUAAAUUACAUCGACAGAGAUAUACACAAGAAAAAAACAAUAGGAAUCAUCAAUAUAUGGAACUCCCGAUCCCGAAAUUUAUAAAUGAAAGUAAUGUUGAAUCAGAACAUCAAGAUAGUAAACAUUUUGAAAAUCUAAAAUUCUAUAGAAACGAUAUGGGUUAUUUGGACGAAAGAAGUAAUAAUAAAGGAACAACUAGGGGAACAGAGGAAAUUGCUGACAAAAGAAGCGAUAAAAGUGCCGAUAGAAGGAGUGAUAAAAGUAGUGACAGAAGGAGUGAUAAAAGUGCCUACAGAAGGAGAGGUAGGAGUAGUGACAGAAGGAGAAAUAAAAGUAUGGAUAUAAGACGAGAUAGGAGUACUGGCAGAAGAAGAGAUAAAAGUAACUAUAAACAUAGAAAGGAAUAUGGUAGAUAUGAGGAUAGUGAUAAAACUGAUUAUGCAAAUGACACAUUCUCUAGAAGGAGAUACUAUUCCACAAAGGACAAAUAUUAUGAGAGAAGCAAAUCUAGAAACCGACAUUCUCAUGAACAUAACCCAGAACAUAAUUUGGAAGAUUUAAAACCAUACAAAUCCUCUCAAGGUAAGAAAAGCCUUAACGUUGUAGAUAAAGUGGAAAGGGAGAUUACAGAUUGGACUAAAAGUGAAACUUUUGAGCAAUUGCUUAAACUACCAAUAAAACAGUGGAAAGAAGAUAAUAAUGAUAAUGUUAAAGGAAAACUGAGCAAAAAUGAAGAAAUGGUAGAAACUAAAACUGACAGUACUGAUAAUAAACGUGUAAUAAACAAUUUUUUUGCAACAAAAGUGAAUAAUAUUUUAGAUGAUGUCAUGGAUAAUAUAAAAAGUAAAAAUGUAAUAACUGUGAUGACUAACAAAAAGGAAGAUGUAAUACAAAAAUCCCCACCAUGUGUAAACGAUGUUGUUACAAAAGAAAAUGCGAUUGAAAUUGAUGAGGAGGAAAAUAAACUGGAUGAAGAUGAAGAUUUGAACCACAUGGAAAGCAUUCAUAGAGAAAUGCUGAAAUUUAUAGAAGCGACAAAAAACAAAAGUGAAGGGAGAUUGAAAGUAGAAGACGUUUUCAGUACAGAUUCUAGUGACAAAAGUAUUAAAGAAAAAAACAGUUCUCAAGAAUUUACAGAUACAGACAAAAAUUUAUCUGCAAAUAUUAACGAUGGUAUUGAAGAAAUAAAUAAAUUCGAAGAACCAUCAAUUUUCCAGUAUGUUUUCGGAGAAGACCCGGAUUCAAAGGAAUUCCAACAAUUAGUACAAAAUACAAUAGACGAAAGUGAUAAUACUCAUAUAAAAACAAAAAAUAUAUCGAGUAUAACCAAAAAAAAAAUUACAAAAAUGAAAGAUAAUAGGGAGGAAAAGGAUGAACAGAAAAAAAUAAUAAAGGAAAUUAAAGCCCUAUCUGAUCCAGAAUUGAAAGUCGGCAGUUGUGAUAAAAAUACAAAUUCAAUUUUUGUAGAAAAUAUACAUAAAAAUUCAAAAGAAGCAAUAAAUGAAGAUAAAAUUAUUUCAGUUGAUAAUGCAGAUAAAAAGAAUAAUAAAAUUGAUGAUUUGGUAUCAAAUAUUGUACAAAAACCUUCUCUAAUCGAAAAGGAUAAAUUUAAGGACAAAUUGAAAACGCCUGAAGUUGUAGAAUCGAUAAUUGAUACAAGUUCAAAUUUAAUUUUUGUCAAAGACUCACAAAAAACAUCUAAAGUAGUUAAUAGUGAUAAAAUUAUUUCAGAAAUUAAUAAAAUCGAUAAUUUCCAUUUCAAUAUUGAGACUAAACCUACUCCAAAACAACAUAAUGAUGAAGAAUUUAACAAUAACAAUGAUAAAAUUAAAAAACAAGUAGGAACAAAGUCGUUUACAGUGAAAGACAAUCAGAAACUAUCUGAUGAUAAAAAAAUUAUCAUUGUAAGUGAUGUUGUCAUUGUACCUAGUCCGCCGAAGCCAAAAAUGACAAGUAUCAACCAUAUGCCAGAUAUAAAUGGAGUAAAUCAACCACAAAUUAAAGAAAUAAAAAAUGUACCAAAAUCUGUAUCGAAGAAAGAACGAUUAUUAGAAAAAUUUGCUUCAGAAGAAAGUAACAAUAAAUGUGAUAUUGAUACGAAAAAUGAUGGUACGAAAAGUUUGAAAAGAAAAUUUAGUGAAGACUUGAACCCACCAAAAAAAAGAAAAAUUUAUUUGGAUACUAUAGAAGAUGAAGAUAAAGAAACAAAUAAUAGAAUCAGUAAAAGACCCUCUACUGGUUCCAAAUAUAAACCAAAACCUACCAGACGAUCAGAAAGGAUUAAUACCAAAAACAAAAUUGAAACCAAUACUACAAAUAUUAACACAGAGGAAGAAAAUAACCAGAAAAAUAAUUUUGAUAACGAAAAUAAAGAAAUUGACAAUCAUAGUUCGGUAAAAAAAACUGUCGAUUUAUUAAAUACACAAACAAGUGAAAAAUUAUCUUCUUCUGAAGAAAAAAGUUUUUCUUUUGAUACCCAAUUGUCUAAAGUUACUGAUGGAGUGGAAGUAGUUAAACCGCCAAGAAGGAUCAAACCCACCCCCGUUAAGGACGAUCCUAUUUGUUCUUUUAAGAAUAUUUUAGCUAAAAAUAAUAAUACAGUGAAACUUUUUUCUAAAACCGUCGCAAUGGAAACUAAUUUAACCGAAGACAACGACAUACCGAUUCUUCAUUUAGAAGAAAUAAAUCUUAACAACAUGGAAGACAUAACUCAGAAAACGUUUGAUAGCAGCAUAAAGAAAUUGUUGGAUUAUGUGAAUUCUGAUACGGGGGCGAAAGAGGAUGUUUCGUUUGUUGAUGCUAUAAAUAGAGUGGAUGUUACUACAGGUGGUGAUGUCGCAAUGACCCCCACAAAGGAAAGUUUAUCGAAUGUGAUUACUUCCACUCCUAAAGUGACUACUGAUACUACAAUGAUGUUUAAGAAAGAUAUCGGUAACAUUGAUAUGUGUAUUGUUGAAAGUGACGUACAAAAUGAUCGAGGUACUAAAGAGACUCAAGAUACAGAAAAAAAUAUCAUUAAAACAAAAAGUGAUGACGACCAAAUUGAUAAAUCUACAAAUGCAAUUGCUCCAGCGAGGUUUAGGAGGAGGUGUAGGAUAGUAGCUGUUGUAAAAAGUGAUUAAUUUAUUUUCUUAUUCAACUUAUAUAUAGGGUUUUUCAAAAAAACGGUUUGUCCUAUAGAAUUUUCAGUAUUUAUAAUUUUUCUUUAAAAUCAAGCUCAAAUUUUUCUGAAAUUUUUGCCUUACUUUGCUCUUGAUUGAAGAAGUUAAUCCUCAAAAGGAUAUUUACCUAUGAUGCUUCAUUUGCUCCCCAGCUACAUGUAAAUUUAUAACAAUUUUACAAAAUUUAUCCGAAAAUAUUCAUUCUAGAAAAAAAAAGGUUUAUAUAAAAAUGAAGGUCAUAAAAAGCUCUACAAAAAAGGUCCUAUAAAUUUUUUACGUAAAUCUGUUUUUUUGCUGUAAUAAUAUACCGACAAGGAUCAAAAUAGCUAUUUUUUCGUUGUUACAGAGGGGGUGAUUAAUACCCACUUACAAACAUGGAGAUAUGAGCCGAAUUAAUAGAUUUACGUAAAAACUGUAUAUAACCUUUUUUGAAGAGCUUUUUAUGAGACUCAUUUUUUAUUUGAAGCUUUUUCUUCAAAAAUCCAAAUUUUCCAACAUAUUUAGUACAAUUGUUAUAACUUUGAAGGGGACUGCAGUCAAUAAAUUCAUUUAUUGAUAAGUACUAGUUUCCGACAUGUGGGACUUCGAUAGAUGGAUUCUACGAUUUCCAAAACGCCAAAUUAGCGUGUUUUUGUUAUAAUUCUCAACCGGGUGAAUACGAAAUACGUAAGAAAAAGUAGGAGUUCUAAAGAGAUUUUGCUGAAAUUAUUGCCUAACCUUGUUCUUGAUUAAAGAAAAUAAUCCCCAAAAGGAUAUUUAUCUAUGAUUCUUCGUUUGCUUCCCAGCCAUCUGAAAAGUUAUAAGAAUUUUACAAAAUAUUUCCGUAAAUAUUCAUUAUAGAAAAGAAGUUUUAUAUUAAAAAAUGAAGGUCAUAAAAAGCUCUACAAAAAAGGUUAUAUACAUUUUUUAUAUAAAUCUGUUCUUUUUGCUGUUAUGAUCUAAAGUAUAUCGACAGAGAUCAAAAUGGCGGUUAAACAAAGCUUUAGGAAUUAUCUUCUCUUAUCAAGGACAAAAAAAUUUCUUGAGAACUCUACUCUACCUUUUUAAAUACUUUUGUAUUUACCCGGUUGAGAAUCAUAAGAAAACACGUUAAUUUGACGUUUUCGAAAUCGCAGAAUCCAUUUAUCGAAGUCCCACAUGUAAUGACAAUUGACAAGAUAGGUUUGACUCGAUCGAUGAAUUUAUAGUUUGCUAAACGUUCAUUGUGUUUAAUAAAACAUUUUUUUGAAAACCGUUGAAAGUUGAAAAAUCCUUUACUUAUUUUAAGUAUUUUCCGUACUCAGGUACUUUUGUUUUCAUUAUUAAAACGAUCCUCAUAAUAAAUUUGACCUCAAGUAUCGAAAGUAUUUUGCGUCUAUGUUGCACAGUAAUUUAAUUUAAAAAAAAGAUAUGA